AUGUUCGGCCAGAUCGUACGCAUCCUCUCCAACGGUAAGGCUUUUCAAUAUCCCGAUGAGAUCGAUCCUUCAUUAUGGAAGAUGGCCGUUCAAGGAGACGCUCCCAAGAGACCCCUCAACAAUGGCCCCAUCAGCGAUGAGGAAAAGAACGAACACGAUAGGAAUAUUUCCCCUCAGGAACAGAGACUCGACGAACGCAAUGAUGACCAAAAGGUGCUCUUGGUGGGCUGGUAUGGCCUGGAUGAUCCAGAGAACCCCCAAAAUUGGUCUAAUUCCGCAAAACACUUGAUCGCCUUUCAGAUGUGUGUGCUUAAUUUCGCCGUGUACAUCGCAAGCUCAAUCUAUCCGCCUGGCGAGCAAGGCUUGGUGGAUGAAUUUGGAGUCAGCGAUACUGUGGCCAUUCUAGGUCUCUCCCUUUUCACAUUUGGUUAUGGCGUUGGACCCAUGCUGUGGUCUCCCUUAUCCGAGAUGCCGAAACUUGGACGAAGAGGCAUCUUCUUCUGGACACUCCUGGCAUUCAUCAUCUUCCAACUACCUGUUGGCCUCGCUCCGAAUGUUGCCUUAUUUCUAGUAUUUCGUUGGGUCACAGGCUUCUGUGGUAGCCCCUGUCUAGCGACUGGUGGUGGAACUAUCACUGAUAUCUGCGAACCCACAAAAGUGCCAUACUUGCUCUGUAUCUGGUCAUCCGCCGGUGUCUGUGGCCCUGUCUUCGGUCCUAUCAUUGGCGGGUUCCUCGCUCCAGCCAAGGGCUGGCGCUGGACCAUCUGGUGCUUUACAUGGCUAUGUUUCGCUGUGCUUAUCAUGAUGUUCUUCCUUCUUCCCGAGACUAGCUCCGCAAAUAUUCUCUACAGCCGCGCCAAGAGACUCAGAAAGGCAACACAGAAUGACCGCUUGAAGAGCCAGGCUGAUAUCGACACGGAGAAUUACACUGCCAAAGAUCAUCUUAUCGUCCUCUCCAGAGCUUUCACCCUUACACUUUUUGAGCCUAUUGUUUUGUUGAUGAACCUGUACGCUGGCCUACUUUACGGCGUCCUGUUCACCUGGUUUGAGUCAUUUCCAAUUGUAUUUGGUGAUAUAUACGGAUUCGACUCAGGUCAGCAGGGUCUUGUCUUCAUCGGCAUCUUAGUCUUCGCUGCGAUAUCCGUGGCUUGUUUACUCACAUGGAUCCGACUACAGCUCGUACCAAAACUCAAGCAGCCUGACAGCUUCAAGCCUGAGAUGGUUCUCCCACCCACAUUCAUUGGCUGCUUUGCGCUCCCUAUAUGUCUAUUCUUGUUUGGCUGGACAUCACGCGCCAGUGUUCCUUGGAUUGUUUCUGUUAUUUGCUCGGGCUUUUUCUCUAUCGGUGUGAUAUCGCUUUUCAAUUCGCUUUUUCAUUAUCUAGGCAUCACGUAUGCCAGAUACGCCGCAUCUAUCUUUGCGGGCAGUGCUCUAUUCCGUGCAUCAUUCGGUGCAUCAUUUCCGCUUUUUGCAACCCCGCUUUUCGAUAAUUUUGGAAUUGGCCCAGGAAACUCGCUACUCGGAGGGAUCGCGGUCCUCUUUAUUCCUGUUCCCUUUAUUUUCUAUCACUGCGGCGAACGGAUUCGCCGCUGGAGCAAGCACGCAUCGACCUGA